AAAAAGGUGAAAGAGCUCUCACAGUUUAUCAUUCGAAAGAGCAAUCGUUAGCAAUGAUGGUUUCCUCCCUGGUGCUGCUGAUUCCGCUGUUGUUCGCUGGGGCAGUCCUCGCCGACACCUGCACCCUGCCGGACGCCUCCACAGAGACCUUCAGCGUCACCACGGCCCACAAGAAGUGGUACCAGCAGUACCGCUACUCUUCGUCAGUCCUGGACCCCCUGGGCUGCCUCAUCCUGACACAGGACCCUGGCGAGGCUGCUAACCAGAUGACGCUCAGCGGUGCCUUCAGCCAGGACCCAUCAGCUGCUGUCACUGCCGACGUCACUAUCGAUGGAAACAGACUUCACAGUACCUACUACGGCACAUACGGUGAAAUGUUGACUGCUGAACGCAACCUCGUCUAUGGAAGCGCGGACAUCUUCAUUGAACACUUCUGCAUGGAGAGUGGGGAUGAAAUGACUUUCAUCUUCACCACUGCCGAGAAUCCGAGUGACGAUCUGGUCAAACAGAUAUGGGAAGAGGUCGACGCUCGCCCUGAAAUCGAUAGAUCAAAAUUCCAGAAAGUCAGUUGUUGAGCGAUGCAGACCACCGAUCCUAAAUAAAUGAACUUCAGCAGAAA